GAACGACGGUCAGAAGGAAGGGGAUGAGUCUGCGGGGAUGACUGAUAACGAGAUAUGAGAACCAUGAGAAAUGAUACCAGACGUAUGAGAACCAUGGAAAACGAAGUAAGGCGUGGACUUGGGAGUACUGGCUGCCCAUGUGUCCGUGCUUACUAGAUCAUGAAGUAAAGGACAUACUGGCAGCGGUGCGGAUGAGAGAGAACUGCGUUUGCAGACGAUCAAACUCUUUUACCUUGAUACAAUCAAACUAUCUCGACCAAGUUUGUGCGUCUUCAAUUUGUCAAUGGUCAAAUAUUGAGAUGCCCGUCAUAACCUCCAAUACAAAUAGCAAAACCAGUUCUGUUCCCAGGAAUGCUAUGUUUGAGCUCAUAGAAACUCUGCACAAAGAGAACAGGUUGCCACAUGCUGAUAUGAAGGAGAUCUACUUGGGACAUGCUAUGACAAGGAGCUUGGGAGUGAAACAGGCAGAAUGUAGGGUGUGCACAACCGUGUAGUCAAUGUAGACGGAAUCGCCCAUGACGCGUCUGCGACUCCGUCAUGGACAACAAUGAAUACUUCAUUGGGAGCCAGCGCAAACGAAGUAAACGGCACUUCUCUGGCGAACUACGUCAGUCCGUCAACCCAGCUGCACAGCAACAACGCAUGUCAAUCCAAGGAUGAACGCCCGCAAGCUUGUACCAAGGAAUAUACCAGUAUGCUGAAGUGGACACCG